GGCGGGCGCUGCCCACCCCCCGGAUCCCAGAGCCGCGCGCAGAGGCUACAAGUGCCGCGGCUGGAGAUUGGGGGACUUUCUGUGGGAGCCGUGCCGGGCGAGCGCGCGGGGCUCGAGCCGCACCGGGUGGCCGAGGCAAGAAGACUUUCCAAAAGCUGCUGGAGGAUGUCUGACUAGCUCCCAUGGAGCUCCACUACCUUGCAGAGAAGAGCAGCCAGGCAGACCUGUGUGAUGCCAUGGACUGGAGUUCACAAGGGCUUCCUGGUGACCAGACAGAUGCAGCAACCAGAGCUGCCCUCUGCUGCCAAAGACACUGUACGUCCACACCAAGAGCAAGUGAGAUGGAAGGGUCUAAACUCAGUCCUUCUCCAGCAUCCCCCUCCUCCUCCCCACGAGACCGCGCUAUUCAGCCAGACUCCUUCCCACCGGGACCUCUCCACUCAGGGAACAGCCACGUAACAGUGGAACGGAAAGUCUGCAACUGCUGCAGCCAGGAAUUAGAAACUUCUUUUACCUAUGUGGACGAGAAUGUGAACUUGGAGCAGCAGAACCGAAGUUCUCCUUCAAGAAAAGGGCGUAAUCACCCUGGAGACCUGGGCUGGGAAAAUCCAAGUGAGUGGUCCCAAGAGGCUGCCAUAUCCUUGAUAUCUGAAGAGGAAGACGAUACAAGUUCAGAAGCCACAUCUUCAGGGAAGUCAGUAGAUUAUGGUUUCAUCAGCGCCAUCUUGUUCUUGGUCACUGGCAUCCUGCUGGUGAUCAUCUCUUACAUCGUGCCACGAGAAGUGACUGUGGAUCCCAACACCGUGGCAGCGCGGGAGAUGGAGCGCCUGGAGAAGGAGAGCGCGAGGCUGGGGGCUCACCUGGACCGCUGCGUGAUUGCCGGGCUCUGCCUCCUCACUCUGGGAGGGGUCGUCCUGUCCUGUUUGCUAAUGAUGUCUAUGUGGAAGGGGGAGCUUUAUCGUCGAAACAGAUUUGCCUCUUCCAAAGAGUCUGCAAAACUCUAUGGUUCUUUCAACUUCAGGAUGAAAACCAGCACUAAUGAAAACACCCUGGAACUGGCCUUGGUAGAGGAAGAUGUUCUCGCUGUACAGAGUUAAUUCUCUUCAUGAGCUUCUUGAGAGUCUGCCUUGGUGUUUUAUACGAAAAAAAAAAUGUUAAUUUAUAAAAGGUUAACAGUGCAAUUUUUUUGCCUGGCAAGAAAAGUUUAUUUUACAAACCAACAGCCAGUGAGUGUUUCUGUUCUCCAUGUGUCUUCUAUUUAGAAGAAAAGCCAUGUAAGAUGCAUAAGAAACCACAACCAGCCACACCUGUCCUUUUAAAGAGCUGAACACUAAUUAAUCUGCGAUGGCCAUGAGCUUGUACUUACAUAGCAAAAUAUUUCUAAUGACCCAGUACACAAAUGAUUUCUUUUACAUGAAUAUGAGAUAUUAUUCUUUGGAUACAGGAGGUCCUACGCGGAGUAGGAUCAAUUGCUAAUCUAUUUUAUGGAAAAUUUACUAAGCACUAAUCACAUAAUAUAUUUAACGCUCAAAGGUGCUUAUCCAUUUUCUUGCUUAAUUUUUCUUCCUGUAAUUUGGCUAAAUGCUAAAAUGUAGAAUUUUGAGUUUGAACAUUUUAAAGCUUGAGGAUGUUGGUUAUUUUUAAAGUAACUGUAAAAAAUGUUACAUUUAAAAUCAUUCCUGUAUUCAGAAAUAGUAACUAAGUCAUUAGGAUGAAUUUUCUAAUAAAAGAAAAUU